AUGGCCCAAGACAAUAAAACUCUUUCUACAAAACCAGAAUAUGCGCUAAAGUAUACACUAUCUGGGCAUACUAAGGCAAUUUCAUCAGUUAAAUUUAGCCCUGAUGGGGAAUGGUUAGCCAGUUCGUCUGCUGAUGCUACCAUUAAAGUCUGGGGUGCCUACGAUGGCAAAUACGAAAAGACCAUGCAAGGACAUAAAUUAGGUAUUUCAGAUGUGGCCUGGUCAUCAGAUUCGAGAUUACUUGUAUCUGCUUCCGAUGACAAGACUCGAAUUUGGGACACUGCUUCUGGUCAAUGCUUGAAAACUAUCAUUGACCAACAUACACCUCUUAUUUCAGACGAUGAUAAUCCUCCUGUUUCUUUUGUAAAAUUUUCACCUAAUGGCAAAUAUAUAUUGGCCGCUACUUUGGAUAACACACUUAAGUUAUGGGAUUAUAGUAAAGGCAAGUGCUUGAAAACUUAUCGUGGUCAUAAAAACGAAAAAUAUUGCAUUUUUGCCAGUUUCUCUGUUACUGGUGGCAAGUGGAUUGUUUCGGGCUCAGAGGAUAAUAUGAUAUACAUUUGGAAUCUUCAGUCGAAGGAAGUAGUUCAGAAACUUUCAGGACAUUCUGAUGUUGUAUUAUCGUGUGCAUGCCAUCCGACGGAAAACAUUAUUGCUUCAGCAGCGUUAGAGAACGAUAAAAUGAUAAAAUUGUGGAAAUCUGAUGUUUAA